AUGUCACUUGGGAGAACUCAGAACCCGGUUGGAGGGGUCCUCUCUCGCGGCCUUCUACCUCCGCGGGUUUCUGGACGGGCUCCGUUUUGUUCUCAGUGGAUGGAAGUUCUUCCUUUCAGGGCUGAAGAAUGAGAGAGAUAUCUCCCGGGGCCAAUUCAGCACCUCUACCUGGCCACCCUAACAAGGUGAUUUGUGAAAGGGUGAGACUUCAGAGCCUGUUCCCUCUCCUCCCAAGUGAUCAGAACACUGCCAUUCAAGAGGAUGCUCACUCCAAAGCUUUCUUCCAGAGUGAAGAUAGUCCAAGUCCUAAGAGACAGCGCCUCUCUCAUUCAGUCUUCGAUUAUACAUCCGCAUCACCAGCUCCCUCACCACCAAUGCGACCAUGGGAGAUGACAUCAAAUAGGCAGCCCCCUUCAGUUCGACCAAAUCAACAUCACUUCUCAGGGGAACGAUGUAACACACCUGCACGCAACAGAAGAAGUCCUCCUGUUAGGCGUCAGCGAGGAAGAAGGGAACGUCUGUCUCGACAUAAUUCCAUUAGUCAAGAUGAAAACUAUCACCAUCUCCCUUAUGCACAGCAGCAAGCAAUAGAGGAACCUCGAGCCUUCCACCCUCCGAAUGUAUCUCCCCGUCUAUUACAUCCAGCUGCCCAUCCACCCCAGCAGAAUGCAGUCAUGGUUGACAUACAUGACCAGGUACAAGUACAAAAACAAAUCAUCUCAUGGAAGCUGCAGUGUGUCACUGUUUGUCACACGAUGCUUCAGGCAUGUUCAGUUCAGCACUUACCAGUACCAUAUGCUGCGUUCCCGCCCCUCAUUUCUAGUGAUCCGUUUCUUAUACAUCCUCCUCAUCUUUCUCCCCAUCAUCCUCCUCAUUUGCCACCACCAGGCCAAUUUGUCCCUUUCCAAACACAACAGUCACGAUCGCCUCUGCAGAGGAUAGAAAAUGAAGUGGAGCUCUUAGGAGAACAUCUUCAAGUAGGCAGUUUUACUUAUCCCCCUUCAGCCCAUCCCCCAACAUUACCUCCGUCAGCACCUUUGCAGUUCCUGACACAUGACCCUUUGCAUCAGGAGGUGUCCUUUGGAGUACCUUAUCCACCAUUUAUGCCUCGGAGACUCACAGGACGUAGUAGAUACCGAUCCCAGCAGCCAAUGCCCCCUCCUCCUUACCAUCCCAGCUUACUACCAUACGUGCUAUCAAUGCUUCCAGUACCACCUGCAGUAGGCCCAACCUUCAGCUUUGAAUUGGAUGUGGAAGAUGGAGAAGUUGAAAAUUAUGAGGCCCUGUUAAACUUGGCAGAGAGACUGGGAGAGGCGAAACCUCGGGGACUGACUAAAGCAGAUAUUGAACAGCUUCCUUCGUACAGGUUCAAUCCUAGCAACCACCAGUCAGAGCAGACUUUGUGUGUAGUAUGCAUGUGUGAUUUUGAGUCAAGGCAGCUUCUUAGAGUCUUACCUUGUAACCACGAGUUCCAUGCCAAGUGUGUUGAUAAAUGGCUUAAGGGAAACCGUACCUGCCCAAUUUGCAGAGCUGAUGCUUCGGAAGUGCAUCGGGAUUCAGAGUGACCAGCCUAAGAGCACAGAUUUAGUUUGGGUGUUCCUCAUCACAUGUAUAUAUGGACUCUCCAUUGAACUUAACCUGUGUGGCUUCCAGCCCUCCCUUUACCAAAAGGGUCAAUGGACCUUUCUUUGCACUGUGUGACUUAAUCAACUAUAAAAGCUUACAAUUAGUCUUCACAAUUAUGGGAUUGUUAUACUAACUGUGUGAUUGGAACUCCAAAGACCUUUUCUUUAGCUUAAUUUUGUGUGUGCACUAACAUUCCCUGGUUUUUGUGUGAUCAUUCCGAGUGUUGCUGCAAGAUUACAGUGGACGUGAUCUUUUAGCAUGUGCUUUUAUAAAAAGUGGUAGCUCCAGAUGAUAUAGCAAUCUACCUUAUAUAGAGCCUUCAGAAACUGUGAGUGGGAGUGAGUGCAGCGUAUGACUGCUGGUGAUCAGUGAACCUGUGAGAGAGUGUAUGCAACUACAUGUGUGGGGGCAUGGUAGCUACUGUGUGUGUGAGAUCCUAUAUACCAGCAUGUACCAAGAAUGUGUGUGUAGUUUUAAUUAUGCUGCAAUGUAUAAUCUGGUGUGUUAUUUAAACAGCACUAGUACUGUACACUGGUUCUCCCUUGUGUUUGCUGUUGCACACUGAUUGCUAAGGGUGCAUCGAUUCUAAGCAUUGAGUACCCCACCCCUUCCCUCCCAGUGAAUGGAAUGAGGAAAGCCUUCUUCCUUUGCUUCAGGCAGCUGUCCCCAUCUCCUCCUUGGUGAUCCUGAGUGGGUCACUUAAGAGAAAAGUGUCAGAUUCUCACUCCGUGACCUGGUUUUUUGUUUUUGUUUUUUGUUUUGUUUUGUUUUUGUAAUUUUCAAUUCUAUUGUAAAAGAAACCUAAGUCUCCAACUUGCUGUUUCCAAAAUGAAGGUGCAAUAUCAUAUACAUCAUUAGCAAUAUUAGCAUUUCAAUCAGUGAUCUGAGUGUUAGUCGUUUUUCCUUUACAUUUCUAGUAGCUUCCUUACAGAAAGGACCUGUGUUUUUAUUCAUGUGUAGAUUUAUGGUCUGUUCUGAAGAUGUUUGAGUAAUAUAUUUUUAAGAACACCACUGGUCCUGUAAGUCUUGCCUCCUUGACUUCUAGAGCAAAACCUGCUAACAACUCAGCCUGGUUUCUGGUUGUGUUCUUCACUCAGGCCUCCGUGAGCAACAAUGGUUUCAGGAGAACUGUUUGUUUCUGUGUUAAUUGAGUUGACACACUCCAGGCCUGAGACUGUCUGCCUGAAGCCUUGGUUUCAGGAUGGAUAGAGUGCUGUUACACUCAUUUCUCAGGCCUGGUUUGCUUUGAUGUCUUACUCUCUCUCUUUUAAUUUAUGUUAGAAUGAGAAAAGCUUAAUACAACAGGUGCCCAGAAUACUUGCAGUGUAAAUGAAGAUUGGAUUUUUGUAUAAAAAGAUAAUGCUGUCAAACGGGAACUGACCUUUAUUGAAUCUGAAAUGAUACAUAGCUGUGUGUGUGUAUAUAUUUUUUAAAAAUAGGUUCAUUGAACAUAAAUCAGAUUGUUUGAGGUCAUUUUUCAGCAACAUUGGAUUCCUUUCUCCUCGGUGUGCUCAGCCUUCUCUGCAGCCUCUGUGAGCUGUCAGCACGUGUGCAGCCACACAGGCUGCAGCCUUCCACUCGCAGCCGCUGCCGACAUCUGGCUGCCAACCUCACUCAGCUCACAGUGGGCACCAGGCCUGUUUUUACUCAGACAGGGACAGUGUUCACCUACUUGAUACUGCCGUGUUUCUUACCCUCCCUUGAAGUUUCUCUAAGCUCAUCACAGCCUAGAGUUCAGGAAAGUUAAUCCACACAGAAGCACAAUUUUGUCCUCUUCCAGACACUGUUGCCUCUACCUAGUUAGACAAAUAGGAUUUGACCUACAUUCUGUUGCCCCUAGGUUUGUGUUAAUGUCAGAAAUACUUAAACAGUGGUAAAUGCACAUGUUACUUUUAAAUCAUUAGGAUAACUCCUGUCUGAUUCCUAAUGAAUAAAAGGUGUGUUAAAUACCAAGAUUAUUGACAUAUAUACUAAUCAGCUCCAAAUCACAUACACUUUAAUCUUUAUUUUUUAAUUUAAAGUAAUCAUGUUUAAAAUGGUAAAAGUCCAUCUUAUAUACUUUUGUAUAGCUUCAAGAACUUUCUCCCUAUAUAGCUCUACCAUGACACUGCCCCACUCAGUAUUCAUCCUGUUGAUGCACACAGGUGAGCACUUUCCUAACUACUGCAGACAUACUGACUGCCAAGGCACACUGUGCUCACGACUGGAAAGGUUUACCAUGAAGUCCCUUUCCCGGUAGAUUUUUCUUUUUUAAAAGGGGUGGUUGGCAAUUUAGGAGGCAUCUGGGUCUGUCCUGGUAAAGUCCUGUUGUGCAGGUGACUGCUGUCUCCUGGGAUGUCGAGGCGGUGCAGACCUGCUCAGGGAGGCUUAGGCUGUCUUAGGUGCACACUUGCAUAUGGGCUCGAUGGCCUCGGUGAGCAUCUUUGUGGCUAGCAAAUGAGGAAGUGCAGGUGUCUGUCAGCCAUCACCACUUGGGGAGACGUAGCAGGCGGCAGAGGAUGUGGGUGGCCUUCCUCCUAGGACUGAUCAACGUCACCGUCCUAACUCAGCUGGGUAUGAUUUGAUUUGGGGUUUUGUUUUGCUUUGUUUUCGUUUGGUUUUGAGUUUGGUUUGGUUUGGUUGGGGUUUUUUUGUUGUUGGUUUUUGUUUUUGUAUGAAUCAUGAUAUUUUGUACUUUUAAAAACUCCAUUUCCACAAAACAACUCAAAGCCUCCAAGUAUCAAGAUGUCCCGAAUUUUAUUUUUUUUUAUUAUUUUUUUUUUUUUUUAGCAGAAUCUGAAAUUAGAUUUUGUACGCUCCCUGAAAUGUAAUUGUUAACAUUCUUACAUUUGGGCCCCUUCACAUACCGUCUGCCUGCCUGCUUCUGAGAAUAUUUUCCCAGUAUCUCCAGGCCUUCUUUAGUCUGUCCCACUGUGCAUCUGCUUACCUCAUGGCGCUGUUCGUUUCAGAUUAUGAAAGCUCACAGGUGUUUGUUGGAAUCAUUUCCUCAAAUCAUAUUCCAUUGUGUCAGUUAACAUAUAGAGUUUUAAAUGUAUGUAUUAUAAAUACCUGUAACCAAAAUCAUUUGAAGGCUUGAUAAAUUUUUAACAAAGUUUGUACAUUUUUUAUGAAAGUUACUAGUAAUGCUUUACUAAGUAGUGCAAUGAAUUUUUAUUUUUAAUCCCUGUGCCCAAUUUUGGAGUUUGAGAGGGUUGUUGGUAAUAAAUGUAUGAUGUACACUUCAAACCUAA